AUGAGUCGAGUGGUGAGUGAGCGAGGCGUGGCAGCACCGACUGAACGAGCGUUCCAGUGUUGUUUGUCAUUUUUUCACUCCUCUCGAGGAGCCAAAUAAGUUCAACACUCGGAUAUUUAUUGAAAACAGGGGGUUAAUCCGUCAGGAUGGGCUCGGAGAGCAAUCAAGAGUAUCCCAGGGCCUCCAAUGCAAUUGUCUUCGGUGGCCUUAUCACUUACAUCGGAGGAGUCCUCCUCGUCAUAUCCUUCACAAGUCCAUACUGGGUUCAGUCUUAUCAAGAGACAUUCAGUAACUUCAAGCACAUGGGGCUGUGGGAAUACUGCUUCCACGAUUUUCGCUACCCCUACUACCAAUUCGACAAGAUGUUCGACGGUUGCCAUCACAUAUUCUCGCAAGAGUUUCACGUGAUUCGAGAGUGGCUAUUGCCUCCCUGGCUAAUGGCCGUUCAGACUUUCGUGACAAUAGGCCUCCUAUUGUCCUUCCUCGCGCAGGGUAUUCUUGCGCUGGUUAUUGUCAGGUGGCCAUUGAGAUGCAUCUUGAGGAAUGAGUGGCUGCUUUCCGGUAUUGCUUUUGUCUGCGACGCUGUUACAGCAUUUCUACUAUUCCUGGCCGUCUCAGUGUUCGGCGGUCAAUGCUGGCGUCGUGACUGGCUGAUGUACCCAAAUUGGAACUACCUAUCCUGGUCAUUCGCAUUUGCAGUGAUAGCCUCCAUGUUUCACGGUGUCGCGGCGUUUUUCCUGUAUCUGGAUGCACGCGCUGGCUACAAAAAUCGGGCGCAAUCACGAAAUCUCGUGGUACAAAUGCAGCCCACGUCCCACAGCCGCCAGAGCUUUGCCAGUAGCCGCCAGGGAUACAUAUAAAUCACAUUUCCAUUGGAUAAUGCGAUAACUGUAUAAUUUAAGUAUCAAACUCCGUCCGAAUCUCAUUCUCCAAGUAUUUUACGCUAGAGUGAUUUCAUGAAGUUUUUCGAUCGAUCGAAUCGUUGGAGAUUGCACUCGAUUUAGAUUUAAUAUCGAAGCAUCAGUUUUAUAUUUUUGCGAAUUAUAUAUUUUUAUUUAAUGAAUUUCGCUUGGAGGAAUUCCUGAAAAUAUUUCACUGAUCAAUUGAUUUGAAGAAUUCAUUGUUCGUAAUUAGGUAAUUUAUGGUUAUCUAGAUUACUGGUGAUUUGACAGGGAAAUUUUUCAUUUUUGUCACCUUUACCCAGAGAUAUGACGAAUGUAAAUCAAAUAAAACUCAACAUUUGACAUUUAUUUUGA